CCUCCAACCCCUCUUCUCCUCUUACCCCUUCCCAAACAUCGAGAAGCUUUCUGCUGUUGUUCUGUCAAAAAUAUAGAGUGUUUUGGUGGUUGUUUUUUGUGCAUUCUUGCGCGACAGGAUCAGGGAUCAAAUACCAAUAAACUUCCGACUUGAACUGGACUUUCUUGUCUAUGGAGGGUGUUACUUCAGACGCCGAUUCCUCCGCAAACAGCACCACCAGCAGCAACAAGAUAUUUUAUCUGGAGAGCCAGAGCAAUUCGCCUGUGCGUCCUAACUGGAAUGGAAACGAAGUUGACAGUUUGAUAAUCGCUCCAAUGGACCACACCAACUCGCGUUACCCCUUUUGUAUAGUAUGGACGCCCCUGCCUUUCAUAACGUGGUUCUUCCCAUUCAUUGGUCACAUGGGAAUCGCCAUGUCAUCUGGUGUUAUCCGAGAUUUUGCAGGCCCGUACCAUGUUUCUGAAGAUGAUAUGGCUUUUGGAAAGCCUACAAAGUACUGGCAGUUGAAGGUGAAAAAAGCGAGAGGUGGUCAGAAUGGGUGGGACCGUGCUGUCACUGAUGCUUCAGAGGCCUACAAGAAAAGAAUGCAUAAUCUAUUUUGUGACAACUGUCAUUCACAUGUGGCCAUGGCACUAAACUUAAUGCACUAUGAUGACAGUACUACUUGGAACAUGGUUCGCCUGGCUUUUUGUAUUCUUUGGAAUGGUAAAUACGUUGGGAUUGGUGGAUGGUUAAAAACUUGGCUUCCUUUCAUCAUAAUAAUUCUACUGGCUUAUGGUGUAUAUUAUUUUGCUGUGACCCCUAAGAUGAUGGUUUGAAGACAUCUCUAUCUCUUCCUUCCUUCCCACCUAGUCAAAUUGCAUCUUGAGCAUCAUUUUGUUGCUUGAAAAGAAUACAUAAUUACUACUCAGUAAUAAUGAAAAAUGCUUAUCCUUUUCAAUGUGUAAUUUUCUCACAUAAGUACAGUAGACUUAAGAUAAGAACCUAGAUAACGUAAUUUACAUUUUUUUAAAAACUAGUUGGAGAAAAUAUUAUUUUUUUACAAUUGUAGAUUAUGUAAUUAUGUGUAGUUUCAGUUGAAACUCUUUUUAUUUUGGAAAAUGUAACCUUUCUAGACAAUUUGAUAUGAAACAUUCCUAUUGCUAACCUUUAGUCGAAUGGAAUCGCUUGGAUACCAUCUGUGGAAAAGCACUGAACUGAUGAGACUGCACUUUUAGUAGGUUUUGGCAUUUUAAGUCCAACAGGGCACUUGAGAAAUUUAUUUAUUUCUGCUGAGAGUACCCAAUGUCAUGCAUAUCAAAAGAAGGAAAAGUCAGUGUUGAUGUUCUCUCUGCCAUGUUUUAAAUAGGUUCAUAAAACUAUGAAAUUAUUUGGUGUUGACUGCAUUUUCAGUCCUGUGGUGUAAACAAGUGUGUUAUAUUGUGGUAUGUAACAUGAAUUUCUUGGGGCUGUAUAAUUUCAAGUCAUGACCUGACAAUAUUUAUUAAACCAGUUGUCAAAAAG